CUCUAAUCCUGUAAUACUAACGGAGUGUUAGUUCAAAUAAUACAUUUCUCUUAACUAAAGUUUUAGGUUCGAGUUUUAUAGAAGAAUAAAAUCUCCGUUUGAAGAAUUAGCCUACAAUGAUAAUAAUAUGAAUGUUUUCGGCUCGAAUAUGAUAAUCUCGGGUGGAAAAUACUUAUACAAGCACCAAAGGGUGUGACUUAAAAACUUCCAAAUUUUUCCAUGUUAGCUGUUGCCGUCUAUAAAGGUGCUUGGUACUGAUCAUGGAUUCAAAUGCUGCAACAGAAGUUGGAGAAAUGGACAUGAUUAGCAAUUUACAUGAGAGCAUUCUGGGUCACAUGCUGUCUUUCCUUCCGACUAUAGAAGCAAUUCGGACUAAUGUGUUGUCUAAAAGUUGGAUUGAUGUUUGGAAAUCUAUAAAAUGUCUAAAGUUUGAUGACAGUUUGCUCAUUCAUGGCAAGAAGAUGCAGAAAGAGGAGUUUGUGUGUUUUGUGAACACAGUUUUAUUUCACUUUGCUAAUUCAACCAUACAGGGUUUCUCUCUUUGUUUAACAUGUUAUAAUUAUGAUUCACCCCAAGUGAGAGCAUGGAUCUCCUCUGUGUUAGAAAGGGGAGUCCAAAAGCUUAACAUUCAGUAUGCUGAUAAAGUCCUUCUUUCUUCCAAUUCCCUUUUUAGCUGCAUUUCUCUUGUAGAGUUGGUGCUUCAAAUGAGAUGUACUCUUAAUGUUCCAAUCUCUGCCUGUCUCCCAAACCUUCAAAGCCUUCACAUUUCCGGGGUUAGACUAGUGAGUGAUUCCUGCACUUGUUCCAAUGACAUAUCUCUUAGCUUCCCAGUCCUCAAAGUAUUUGAAGCUAGAGGAUGUGAGUGGUCAACUAUGCAGGACAUUAGUAUUCAAGCACCUCUACUUGAAAGGCUUUCCAUUAAGAAUUCCUUAUCAAAUGAAGCUUGUAAAUCUGCCAUUAAGGUUUUUAGCACAUGUCUAACAGAUUUUUCUUAUGAGGGUGAUCUUGAACAAGAGAUCAUUCUAUUUGAUCCGUCAUCCAUUCGCAGUGCUUCUAUUGUGAUUGUUAUUGAUGAAGAUAGAAUGGACAGAAUCAAAAAACUUGUGUUUCAAGCACGAAAGCUUCUCGGACAAAUCCAUCAAGUGGAACAACUGAAAUUAUUGUUUUACAAGGUCUUAAUCAAUGCUAAAGGUAUCUUCAACCAUUUGCCUGCCUUUGGAAGGUUGACUAAUCUGCAACUGAAUGAGGUUACUGGUGAAGCUCUGUUGCACUUUCUCCACAAUUCCCCAUUUCUUGAUACUCUUGUUUUACUUAAUGGAGUAUGUGACUUGAAUAAAGAUGUUUUGGCUGCUGCAUCAGUGCCCCUUUGCUUUUUGUCAAGCUUCAGAGUAUUUCAGUUUAAUGGAUUUAAUGUGAAAGAGCAUGAGCUUUGUCUGGUAAAAUUUGUGUUGGCAAAUGCGGCAAUCUUAGAGCGGGUGACUAUAUGUACAGCUUUUUGGUUGCGAUAUUCUGAUAUUGACAUGGGGAAAGUUAAGGGACAGAUACUCUCAUUACCAAAAUAUUCCAGAUCAUGCAUGAUAAAAUUUUGUGAUGUCAACGGUUCCUGAAGAUUUCAUAACAUCCAAAGAGUACUUGCACCUCACCAGUCAAAUUUGUGUCUGUUGCUUUAUAUAGAAUACUUUUUUCUGUAUGAAUCACGAAAAAAUAUAAUGGAAGCUGUCAAAAUUUAACUGACACCUUAAUCCCCCCUUGCAGCUUCACACUUGGUAUUAGUGUUUGUACUGAUAUAGGCGUAUCAACAUUGUAACCUAAUGGGCUUUGAUAUAUAUGUAUAAUAAAUGGGCCGGGCGACCCAUGACCUGAACAGGUCAAAACUCAGAAUAUAAAUACUAGACACCACCUAAGCGGUUGGGGAUCUAAUCUUUUCACGCA